GAUGUCGAUAGAUUAUAUUCAUCUUUACCAAAUUUGAUGCAGCUAACGUUAGCUGGUAAUCCGCUAAAUGACACCACAAAAUCAAACCUUCAAACACACCCGCAGAAACCAAACGCUCUUAAAUUAGUACUUUAA